UCUGUCUGUCUUUUCGAUCCUGCAAAGUUGUGUCUAUCUAUCUGGCUUGGGGUUCGGGAGAAUAGAAAUUCGGAUAAGAAGAAGAAGAAGAAAGGCGGCAGAAGCUUUCAUGAGCUACUAUUGAACCUACAUCUUAUUACUCUGGCUCUAGAUAGAUGCUUGCGUACCCAACUCUCGUUUAGAUUUUAGACUUUAUCCGGAGCCAAAAUGGAUUUUGUAGUUCAUACGACGCAAUCCCACGAUGGGUUCUGUUCAUUUCACUGCCUUAAACGUCCACACAAAAGGAAGAACAAAUUAGGGUCUAGAGUCGGGAUUAGGGUUUGUUCUAGUUCGAAUAGUAGCAAAUUCCUUCCUCUCCCUCUGUCUGUUUGUAAUGCCAAAGUUGGGAACGAAGCUGGGUUUCACAAGCAAAGUAGAAGGUAUCGCGUAUGUGCUGUUUCAAAGAUUGAAAACUUUAGCUCAAAUGGCCGUUCGCUUGAGCAAUACCAUCCACACUCUUCAAAUCAAGAACAUUCUUCUUCACAUGGUUAUGAAGAAUUCGAAAGUAAUAACUAUCUUAGAAGAUUGGUAAGAAACGGAGAGUUAGAGGAGGGUUUUAAGUAUCUCGAGAGCAUGGUUUUUCGCGGCGACAUCCCAGAUAUUAUUCCCUGCACGAGUUUAAUUCGCGGAUUCUGUCGAACUGGAAAGACAAAUAAAGCCACUAGGGUUCUAGAGAUUAUCGAAGAAUCGGGUGCUGUUCCAGAUGUAAUAACCUACAAUGUUUUGAUAAGCGGGUAUUGUAAAUCAGGAGAGAUCAACAAUGCGCUAAACGUAUUGGAUCGAAUGAGUGUCGCCCCAGAUGUCGUUACUUACAACACGAUAUUACGAAGUCUAUGCGAUAGUGGGAAACUAAAACAAGCCAUGGAGGUUCUUGAUCGACAGUUACAAAGGGAAUGUUAUCCCGACGUAAUCACAUACACGAUUCUGAUAGAAGCCACUUGUAGAGAAAGUGGAGUUGGACAGGCAAUGAAGCUUUUAGACGAGAUGAGAAACAAAGGCUGUCAACCCGACAUUGUUACCUACAAUGUCCUUAUAAACGGGAUCUGCAGAGAAGGAAGAUUGGAUGAAGCGAUCAAGUUCUUGAAUAAUAUGAAUUCUUAUGGUUGUCACCCAAAUGUAAUCACACACAAUAUAAUACUACGAAGUAUGUGCAGUACCGGAAGGUGGAUGGACGCUGAGAAACUUUUAGCUGAAAUGCUUCGAAAAGGCUGCUCUCCUAGUGUAGUCACUUUCAACAUAUUGAUCAAUUUUUUAUGUAGAAAGGGUUUGUUAGGUCGAGCGAUCGACACUCUCGAGAAAAUGCCUAACCACGGUUGUACUCCGAAUUCGUUAAGUUACAACCCUUUGGUUCACGGUUUCUGCAAAGAGAAGAAAAUGGAUAGAGCGAUUGAGUAUCUAGACAUAAUGGUAUCGAGAGGUUGCUACCCCGAUAUCGUAACCUACAACACUCUACUAACCGCUUUAUGCAGAGACGGGAAAGUUGAGGUUGCGGUUGAGAUUCUCAAGGAGCUAAGUAGCAAAGGGUGUUCUCCGGUUUUGAUCACUUACAAUACGGUAAUUGAUGGGCUCUCGAAAAUGGGGAAAACCGAUAGGGCUAUUGAGUUGUUGAAAGAAAUGAAGAAAAAGGGUCUUCAACCGGAUAUUAUUACUUACUCUUCGUUGGUUGGAGGGUUGAGUAGAGAAGGUAAAGUUGAGGAAGCGAUAAAGUUCUUUAGUGAAUUGGAAGGGAUGGGGAUUCGGCCGAAUGCGAUUACCUAUAAUGCGGUCAUGCUUGGGCUGUGUAAGGCUCGACAAACUGCCCGGGCGAUUGAUUUUUUGGGGUAUAUGGUUGGGAGGAAAUGUAAACCUACUGAAGCUACUUAUACAAUUCUUGUUGAAGGUAUUGCUCAUGAAGGUAUGGUUAAGGAGGCCUUGGAGAUGUUAAAUGAGCUGUGUUUGAGAGGGGUUGUAAAGAAAAGCUCGGCCGAGCAGGUGGCAGUCAAGAUAUAGUAAGUAGCUAAGCCCAGUUGGGGCCGAGUCGCCGGUGAUGUUUGUUUUUUGUGUUUGAAUUUGAAUUGUUUUAUGUUUAGUCUAACUUCAUUUGAAUUUUGAUGAAAUCCAUGUGAGUGAGUUAAAUGACAGUUAUCUU